GCAGUAAUAUGGUUCCUUGCCAGAUGGGUUGAUACAUACUUGAUGCCGGUUGAUGCUUCAAAAGGACAACUAAGACCAUCUGGUCAUGAUGAAGAGCUGAACCAAGUUUUUCAGUCUUCGAAAAAGAUUUUGAUGAAUUUUGCUGGACAAAAUAAACAAGGAGAACUGAUACUUGACAUCAUUGUUCGUACUUCCAUAACAACACUUGCAUCUUUUCCCGGCGAGAAUGAGCUUCAUGAAUUGACAUGUCGGAAAUUACUUGUAGCUCUUGUUCGUUGGAGACAUGUUUGUGUUCACCUUGUUGCAUUGGAAUCAUGGAAUGAACUUGCAAGGGCCUUCACAAAUGAGAGGACGUUAUUCUCCAUCAAUGCUCGUUUGCAGCGAGCUCUUGCAGAGACACUAGUUUGUGCUGCUUCCAGUUUUAAGGAUCAAGAAUCUUCCAAUCAGUAUGUGAGAGAUCUAAUGGGACCUAUGACAAUAUAUCUUGUAGAUAUUUCCACUCGGAAUGAUGCGAAAGUUGUUUCUCAACAAGCAGAUGCUAUGUAUAUGGUUAGUUGCUUGUUGGAACGACUAAGAGGAGCAUCCAGAGCCACCCAACCCCGAACUCAAAAAUCCAUAUUUGAGAUGGGUUGUGCUGUUAUGAGUUCUUUAUUAACUCUUCUUGAGUUAUACAAAAAUCAGUCCACAGUUGUGUACCUGAUACUUAAAUUUGUUGUUGACUUCGUCGAGGGAGAAGUAGCAUUUCUCAAUGCGAAGGAAACUUCAAUUUUGAUUGACUUUUGCUUGCAAUUGCUUCAAGUGUAUUCUUCUCAUAAUAUGGAUCUCACUCUCUCUGUCAAGGAGCCUCCAGAGUGAGGCACAAGCUGAAAAAUACAAGGAUUUGCGUGCUUUGAUUCUGCUUCUGACAAAAAUUUGU